AUGCCUCACUCGUUCGGUUAUCGCGCCCGUACCAGGUACAUGUUCGCCCGGAACUUCCGGGAGCAUGGUCCUCUCCACCUCUCGACCUACCUGAAGGUCUACAAGGUCGGAGAUAUCGUUGACGUCAAGGGUAACGGUGCCGUCCAGAAGGGUCUGCCCCACAAGUUCUACCACGGUAAGACCGGUGUUGUCUACAACGUCACCAAGUCCGCCGUCGGUGUGAUUAUCCACAAGCGUGUCGGUAACCGCUACAUGGAGAAGCGCAUCAACAUCCGCAUUGAGCACGUCCAGCACUCCAAGUGCCGUGACGACUUCCUGCGUCGCGUCAAGGAGAACGCCGCCGCUGCCAAGGCCGCUCACGCUGAGGGCAAGCGCAUCUCCCUGAAGCGCAAGCCCGCCCAGCCCCGUGAGGCCCGCUUUGUCUCCAUCCAGAACAACAUCCCCACCACGAUCUCUGCCAUCCCCUACGACACCCUUAUCUAA